AUGGCUGACAUAAUCGACUUGUUGCAUCUUUAUCACCGCGUUCCUGAGACUUCGGCGAUAGAUGUCGACCUGGUCGGCCAAGGCCGACCAGGUCGGCUUCGUGAAUGGAUAUGGGCCGACCCGGAUGGGUCGGCCCCUAGUGGUGCAUUCAUUGCAGAAUGCAUUGCCCACUACUGUCCCAAGGAGUACGCGGAACUCACCAUCAGCAUAUCAUCACUCCCCAAUCACAGGAGUACCGCUCACGAUCCGUUUGCAAGUCUGGCCCUCAACGUGAACGGCUUCACGCGCAUGCACCGUGAUAAGGGUGACUUCAUGUGCCUCGUCGUGCCACUGGGAGACAGCGAGGGAGGGGAUCUGUGCUUCAAGGAAUAUGGGAUCGUGCUCCCUUUGAAGGCAGGGGACCUGGUUUUCUUCAGAUCUAGCGACAUCACCCACUUCAAUCUGCACUACUGUGGUAAGAGAGCGUCAUUGGUCUUGCAUACAGAUCAUGCCAUCGUCUCUGGUUGGAAUGACAAGCAGAAUGGAUGGCCUGAAGAGUCUUUACAUUGA